AUGGGAGAUCAAAUUGAUCAAUUACAAAAAUUAAAAAAUAAAUUAGAAAAAGAUAAACAAACAAUGAAAUCAGAAUUAGAUGAUCUUCGUACACAAAUUGAUUAUAUACAAAAAGGUAAAAUAGCUGCUGAAAAACUCUCCAAACAACUUGAACAACAAUUAAAUGAAAUACAUAUUAAACUUGAUGAACAUGUUAAACAAAUUACAGAUAUAAAUCAUCAAAAAUCAAAAUUAUCUAGUGAAAAUUCUGAUUUAGUUCGACAACUUGAAGAAGUUGAACAGCAAAUUAGUACUUUAACAAAAGCUAAAACAACAGUACAACAACAACUUGAUGAAGUUAAAAGAACAAUUGAUGAAGAAUUACGUGGUAAAGGUUCAGUUAGUUCACAAAUACGUCAUUUAACUGCUGAUCUUGAGCAAACUCGAGAACAACUUGAAGAAGAACAAGAAAUGAAAAGUGAACUUCAGCGACAAAUUACUAAACUUAAUAUUGAAAUACAACAAUGGAGAGCACGUUAUGAAUCUGAAGGUAUUACUCGUAGUGAAGAACUCGAAGAAGCAAAACGAAAAUUAGCUAUAAAAUUAUCUGAAGCCGAAGAACAAGUUGAAGCAGCAUUGAAUAAAUGUAAUGCUUUAGAAAAAGUUAAAGCUCGUCUUCAAGGUGAAGUUGAAGAUCUCAUGGUUGAUGUUGAACGUGCUAAUACAAAUGCUUCUACCAUGGAUAAAAAACAAAAACAAUUUGAUAAAUUAAUAAAUGAAUGGAAACAAAAAUGUGAAGAUACAACUAUUGAACUUGAAGCCACACAAAAGGAAGCACGUCAAUAUUCAACUGAAUUAUUUAAGCUUAAAAGUCAGUAUGAAGAAUCACAUGAACAAAUUGAAGCACUUAGAAAAGAAAAUAAGAAUUUAGCUGAUGAAAUUAAAGAUCUUAUCGAUCAAUCAGGUGAAGGUGGAAAAAAUAUUCAUGAAAUUGAUAAAGCUCGUAAACGUGCUGAAUUAGAAAAAGAAGAAUUGCAAAGUGCUUUAGAAGAAGCUGAAUCUGCACUUGAACAAGAAGAAGCUAAAGUUCUCCGUGUACAAAUGGAAUUAAGUACAAAACGUCAAGAAAUUGAUCGCCGAAUUCAUGAAAAAGAGGAAGAAUUUGAAAAUACAAGACGUAAUCACGCACGUACAAUUGAAUCAAUGCAAGCAAGUUUAGAAGCUGAAUCACGAUCAAAAGCUGAAGCACUUAAACAAAAAAAAAAACUCGAAUCAGAUAUAAAUGACCUUGAAGUUACACUUGAUCAUGCUAAUCGUACAAAUGUUGAUUCACAAAAAGCAUUAAAAAGACUUCAACAAAAUCUUUCAGAUUUACAAACACAAAUUGAAUAUGAACGACAACAACGUGAUGAAGCUCGUGAAGCAGCUGCUAAUGUUGAACGUCGUUCUAAUCUUAUCAUGAGUGAAAUUGAUGAAUUACGUACUGCUUUAGAGCAAGCUGAACAUGCGCGUAAAGCCGCCGAACAUGAAUUACAUGAUAUUGCCGAUCGUAUUAGUGAUUUAAGUACACAAAAUGCUAAUUUAUCAUCACAAAAACGACAACUUGAAUCAACAGCUUCGGCGAUGCAAUCGGAUUUAGAUGAAGCUAUUAGUGAACUGAAGAGUAGCGAAGAACGAGCAAAAAAAGCGAGUACUGAUGCUGCACGUCUUGUUGAAGAAUUACGUCAAGAACAAGAACAUGCUGUUAAUGUUGAACGAUUACGUAAAGGUCUUGAACAACAAGUUAAAGAUCUUCAAGUACGUCUUGAUGAAGCUGAAGGACAUUCACUUAAAGGUGGAAAACGUGUUAUUGCUAAACUUGAACAACGUAUUCAUGAAUUAGAGAAUGAAAAUGAAUUAGAACAACAUCGUCAUCAAGAAACAAUUAAAGAAUUACGUAAAAAUGAUCGUCGUUUGAAAGAAUUAGUGUGUCAAACAGAAGAAGAUCGAAAAAAUCAAUUACAUUUAAAAGAUCUCAGUGAAAAAUUACAAAAUAAAAUUAAAAUCUAUAAACGUCAAGUUGAAGAAGCUGAGGAAAUCGCUGCAAUUAAUUUAGCUAAAUUUCGUAAAGUUCAGUCUGAACUUGAAGAUGUAACUGAAAGAGCUGAUUUAUCGGAAAAUCAACUUAAUAAAUUACGUGCCAAAAAUCGUUCUUCGGUUAGUACGAAUCGUACUUCUCCAGCAAAUGAUUUACGCGAAUCAAUUGCUAGCCCACGAGGAAACUCAACAAUUCGUGCUGGCUCAGUUCAUCAACGUUAA